CACAGAUUGGCCCAUCCAGGUAUGAUACACCCUCACACCAAGCCGAGCUCAAUUCACACGCGCCAUGAUCUUAGCCAAGGCGAUCAAAUACCCGCUGAAAUCUCUGCUGCCUGGCCCAGAGCAUGGGGGCCCUGCCCCCGCGCAAAGAUGUCAUAAACCCUCCCGUCGCCGCUAACCAUCGGGCCAAUUCCGCGUCUUCUCAGCCCUACGUCAGGGUCAGCCCUACGGUUCCUGUCAUCCCUAUUCAUUCCAUUCUAGGACCUCGAUUGAUCUUGACCACGAUCUCGAAGUCGACCUUAGUAUCAUCCAUUCCUCAAUUCUCUUUGUCACUCCCGAGUCCAGCGCCAUACCCACAGAAUGGGAGAUUUGAAUACCUCGGUCUCGACAGACAGUCCCCGCGACUCAAAAGAUGAGGGCAUUCUUGCUGGUGUGCAGCAGCAAAUCAACUCCGUAACUGGCGGGGCAUCAAUUACAGAGAUCCAGCAAAAUAUCACAACAGUCGCUGGAGAAAAGGCUCAUGCCCUGAAAGACACUGUCGUCAACGACAUCGUACCGACAGCGAGCGAGGCGCUCCAGUCUGCACAAGAAAGUAUUCGGACUCUGACGGAAAAAGCAACAAACGGGAAUGAUGCUCAAGAGGAGAAGGAAACGGACCCAUCACACCCGGACCACCAAAAAAUCGACGAAUUGGAUGAGGAGACGAUUUGUGAUUUCUUGAGAGACAAGCAUAGAAGCACGCAGUUACCACCAUCGACAAAUUAGGACCAUGGGUAGAUCCUAUCGGUCAAUUCAUGGAUCAUUGUCUGCAGCCCUUUUUGAGCGGUCAUGGAGCGGAAUGAUAUAUCAACUCAGAGGACUGCAUUUUGGAGAUGUAAGAACCGGAGGUUGGCUAUCUGAUUGUACGAUAAUAAGAUUGUCAUGAUAAUGCAUGUAAAUUCAAAGCUUUCUUGCCAUUACUCAAUCAGUAUACCGUCAGCAACCUUGCGCAGUGCCU